UACAUCAAACACGCUCAGUUGCUCGCUGCCGACGCGGGCGUAGCACGCGAGUUCACGCGCAAUAUUUUGUAUCUAGUAAACUUUCGUGAUUGUUUACAUUAAGUAUAUUGUGUUUUACAUAUCAUUUUAUUGAUCGUGCAGUGCAUCCUAAAAGCUCGAGUGCUGCCCUCUGCGCAGUGACAGCUGCCAAGAUGAUCGUGAUCGCGGUAGUAGUGGUGCUGCUCGUCACUCUGUACUUCUACGGCACGAGGAACUUCAAGUACUGGGAGGUCAGAGGAGUGAAACAUGACAAGCCCCUCCCACUGUUCGGCAACAACCUGCAGGGCUACCUGUUCCGCUCCAGCAUGACACAAGUAGCUGACGAGCUCUACUGGAGGUACCCCGAUGAGAAAGUCGUCGGAUUCUACCGCUCCUCGCGACCAGAGCUACUCAUACGAGAUCCAGAAAUUGCGAAACGAAUUCUAUUCACAGACUUUGCUCACUUCUUCGAGCGAGGCUUCACUCCUCAUAAGACCGUGUUCGAGCCUCUGAUGCAGAACCUGUUCUUUGCCGAGGGAGAUCUGUGGAAGCUGCUCCGACAGAGAAUGACGCCCGCCUUCACUACGGGCAAACUGAAGGCAAUGUUCCCGCUGAUCGUGGAACGAGCGGAGAAGCUGAAGACGCGAGCGCUGGCUGCGGCCGCUGAGGGCAAGUCUCUGGACGCGCGCGACUUGAUGGCGAGGUACACCACCGACUUCAUUGGAGCCUGCGGGUUUGGGCUCGAAGCAGACUCACUCAACGAUGAGAACUCUCCGUUCCGACAGCUCGGCAUUAAAAUCUUUAAAGUGAGACCUCAAGAAAUAAUGACAGCCAUUGCCAAGGAAUUGUUCCCAGAACUGUGCAGGAACCUGAAAAUAUGGACGCGAGUGGAGAAAGAGAUCAACGAGCUCGUCGUAGAGAUACUGAGGAAGAGAGACUACAAGCCGUGCGGGAGGGGAGACUUCCUGGACCUGAUGCUGGAGUGCAAGCAGAAGGGCACCAUGAUCGGGGAGUCCAUACAGAACAAGAAGCCGGACGGCACCGCGGAGACUGUCACGCUGGAGUUCAACGACUCGCUGAUUGCUGCUCAAGUGUUCGUGUUCUUCGCCGCUGGGUUCGAGACCUCGUCAUCGGCGACCAGCUUCACUCUGCACCAGCUGGCGUACCACCAGGACGUGCAGAAGAAGGCGCAGGAGGAGAUCGACCGCGUGCUGGCCAAACACGACGGCAAGCUGUCGUACGACGCGAUCAGGGAGAUGCACUAUUUAGAGAACGUGUUCAAGGAGGGGCUGCGCAUGUUCCCGUCGCUGGGGUUCCUGCUGCGGCAGUGCACGCGCGCCUGCACGAUCCCGGAGCUGGGGCUGGCGGUGGACGAGGGCGUGCGCGCGCUGAUCCCGCUGCAGUCGAUGCACAACGACCCCAAGUACUUCCCCGAGCCGCACGUGUUCCGUCCGGAGCGGUUCGAGCCAGACGAGUUUGAUGCUAACAACGUCAAGUAUGUUUACUUACCGUUCGGAGGCGGACCCAGAGCUUGUAUAGGUGAGCGCCUAGGUCUCAUGCAGUCCCUAGCCGGCCUGGCAGCAGUGCUCUCCUGCUUCACGGUGGAGCCUGCCAAGGAGACGGUGAGGCAUCCCGUGGUGGACCCGCUCUCCAGCGUGGUGCAGAGCAUCAAGGCCGGACUGCCGCUCAUGUUCCGCGAGAGAAGCAAACAUGCUUGAACUGACGGAGUUAUGCGUAAGAUUGUGUAAUAAAUGAGGUGCCGUACUCAGAGUCUUUGAAUGGUUACUUAACCCAGUGCUUAGCAAUUCUUGUAGGGACGAAAUCGUAAUUGACUCUGACUACGGUUGCGAACAAGCCUGAAUAAUAAUUUAUUCAUGAACUAAGUUUAUUUAAAUAGGUCCAAUUAAUUAAGUAGGUAAGUGUAAAGUAUUAUACCUAUGAAUGUAAUUAUUAGGGAUGUUCCCAAAUAAAUACUUAAAUUUAAAUUAACUUUUUGGUUUUUAGGAAUUUUGUACAAGAUCGCUAGAAAAAUAGCAAUAUUAUAAGUAAGCAUUGUGAUCUAUAUGAGGUACUCUCAGUCUCUAAGUACUGAUUAAAAUUACAAUUGUUAAUCUAUUUGGUGAAAUAAUUUAAAAAAAAACCGGUUUUCCCUUUGUAAAUAGCAUCUAUAACGUAAAUACAUUAAGGUAUGUGAACGUAAUUUAAUAAAAAAAACAUUAGUUUUUCAAUGAGUUAAAUAAAAUUAAUGAUCCAAACUAUAAUAAAUGAGAUUUUAUUUUUAAGUUAGGUAUUUAUCUCUGCUAGUUACUAUUAUAACUAUAUAGGUACAUUAGGUAUAUUGUAAUUUCAAUGAAAUGCUUCGUAAAACAUGUGUAAUUAUGUUUGUAAUUGUGAUCGCAGUUAGCGAUAAAAUAUAAUGUUGUACAGAGCGGAUAUACUGUUACUGUACUAAACUUAUAUUAUGUAGGUAUAAUAAAGCAUCUGUCAUAUUG